AUGGCCAACACAUAUACACCACUGUUUGAGCGAUCACUUGAGGUCUUCAAAAAAGAUCUUAAUAAAAAGGACCGCGAUAACUUUAAGUUCUCUACGCUGGAAGAUUUAGAGAAAUGUCUCACGCAGUUGCAGGCCAAGCAUCGGUCUCAGCGCCGUAUGCAGAAUUUGAAUCGACUGAAGCCAUUCCUAGAGGCUAUGAAUCAGUUUGGAAAGGUGGUGGAGGUAUUUUGCAAUAGCAGUGAGCUCGUGCCAUUUCUUUGGGGACCAGUCAAGUUUCUGCUCCUAAUCGCAGAUACUUUCGAAAGCGCUUUUUCCGAACUGCUGGACACGUACGAAUACAUAGGAGAGAACCUGCCUUUGCUCUUGCAAUACCAGGAGCUGUUUCACACCAAUCCUCACAUGAUUAAGGUACUCUCGCUCAUGUAUGAGGACAUUCUCAAGUUCCAUCGCAUUGCUAUUCAAUAUUUCCAGCAGCGUUUGUGGAAGCAGCUGUGGCAUGCGACUUGGAAAACCCAACAAUCACGUUUCUCCAAUAUUAUUUCGGGCAUGGCACGGCAUCGUGCUUUAAUCGAAAGUCAAGCAGGCCUGGUCCAGAUUGCAGAUUCCCAGGAAGCGCGUCGUCUAGUGGACGAUCGGCAUAAUGCCGAAAUGCAAUAUGAAUCCCUGCGGCGAUCACGCACUGUUUUCAACUGGCUUAGAGCACCUGAUGUUGAUGGAAAUCAAUAUAAUUUGACCCAAACGCGAGCGGGUAAUCCUGGUACUGGAAGAUGGCUUUUGGACAACCAGGCGUUCAAGGAUUGGUUCGAUCCGAACUACCCCAAAAUACCUCCUUUGCUUUGGCUGAAUGGGAUUCCAGGCGCCGGAAAAACUGUCCUCGCAUCUCUCACGAUAGAGGAAGCCCGAAAACUCACCCCUAAACCAACGGUUCUUUUCUUUUAUUGCAAACAUGGCGAUCCCGAGCGUAACAGCUUUUUAGCAUUAGCGCGAAGUCUGCUCGCUCAAAUCUUGGAGCAGGACCAAAAUCUGCUUCUUUAUUUCUACCAGGAAUGCUGUAACAGCAAAGAAGCCGUGCUUACUUCCCCAGAGAAAGUCAAUAAGCUUUUAGAUUUUGCAUUCAGGAACUGCAAAAGUGCAUAUAUUAUUAUUGACGGGCUCGAUGAGUGUGAAAGAGAGCAACGGAAAAGCAUCGCUCAAUGGUUCAGAACAUUGGUUGAAAGUCUGCCCAUUACCGAGCCCUGGAGGCUGCGCUGUCUUUUCACCAGCCAAAACGACAGUCUGGCACGCAAAGACUUUAAUGAGAUUACAAGUCUUACCAUAGGACCCGAUGAUAUUAAGAAUGACCUUCAAGGCUUUUGCCGGCGUGAGGCAGACCAGCUGAGGGCUUCUUUGUACAUCUCCGAAGACAUGGCGGAUAGUAUCGCUGCGACGGUAGCUCAGCAAGCUGGUGGCAUGUUUCUACUUGCAGAACUGAUUUGGUUGAAUCUAUCCGCACAGACUACAAUUGUAGGGCUGGAGCAAGAGCUGGAUCCGAAUAUUUUCCCCUCUGGGGUAAAUGAUGCGUUUUUAGUCAAAGAAGGCCUUGUCGAUCCAUUGAAAGGAGAUAUCGGAAUGGCAGCUCGAUGUAUUAACUAUCUGAACUUUCCACUCUUUGUGAACACGCCGCUCGAGCAUGAUAUUCGCCGCGGCGACUAUGGAUUCAUGGAAUAUUCCGUUAUCCACUGGGUUAGACAUCUUGAAGGAGCAAUUGCGGAAGCAACCCGUCGAAUCGAAAGAACAAAGGUAGAGGCAGCCAGACCUCGUCAAAGUACGUCCGAGGAAUCAGAUGCACUCAAGCCCUGCGAGGCUUUGCUCGAAGAAGAUUACACAGAGAUUAUGGCUCCCCUCGCCGAGUCAUUAGGUGUCUUCAUUGAUCUGCAUUGGUCUCCAACAAAGAAAUAUCUAGAGGUAUCGGCCCGUAAUAAAAAAAGGCUCCAAGUUUUCCAAGAUACCACCUUCUAUGAGCAGCUGGAGCAGAUUGUUGUCUCAACCAAGAAGCAACUCCACUCAUUUGGUCCGCUCAAGCAAGAUGGAUUUACACUGAACCUAUUCAACCUUGUGGGUGAUAUCCGCGAAGGGAUAGAAAAAAUAGUGUCAACGGACCCUUCAUCUGAAAGGGACAUGAUACAGAAAUAUGGGGACAAUCUGUUCCGAUGCCCACGUUUCAGCUGCCAAUUCUUUUUCUCCGGAUUUCCCUCAUCCGAGAAGCGAGAUGAACACAUCAGUAGACAUGACCGAGCAUGGAGGUGCAGUGACGAAAAGUGCACCAGUUUUACUUUUGGUUUUGUAUCGGAGACCAGUCUGAAAAGGCACAUGAGAUAUGCCCACCCAGAUGCAUCACAGAGCCAAGGCUUCCCAUCCGACAUAGACAUCAAGCUAAGCCUUCGGCAAAGGACACCCGUGAUACAAGCUACUCCCCAGCGAGCACCUGAAGUGCAGAGUGCACAAGCUCUGCAAGCCACACCUGAUAUUCCAGUUCAUUCACAAGAGCCAUCAAGCUCAGACUCUGAGCCAGAGGUUCGACCCACAAAACGUUCGAAGACUCAAGAGAAGCAAGACUUCAAGUGUCCACAUUGUGCAAAAGACUUCAAAAGGCUCUUCAAUCUUAAGUCCCACCUUUUGACACAUACGGCAGAUCGUCCGUUUUCGUGUGAUAUCUGCCCAAAGCGCUUUUCCAGAAAGAAUGAUUGCAAUCGACAUAGGAAGAUCCAUUCAGGCGAGAAAGAUUGGGAUCUAGUAGGUUUAAUAUGUUUCUUGUUCUUUGAAUACAGAUCACAUAGAGGAGUACUUGGAUGUUACGGAGAGGUCUGGAAACUACAUCUUCACGGAAGAUUUUGGGAAAAGCACCGGUUUAUGGGGAUUCUACCAUAUCUGCAUAGUGCUCAUUUCUUAGCUAAGAUCCAGUGA